AGACUCUUGAAGACUGGAAUUAAAGAUUCCUGAUCUAAUGCAAGACAAAAGUAGAUUCCAAUAAUUAGAAAUAUCCUUAUGUUUGACAGAUUUGCUUAAAAGGUUAGUGUGUUACUGCUGCAGUAAUUAUCAUAAAAAGGACUGUAAAUGUAACAAUAGCACAGAAAACCUUGCUGGUGGUGUAUUUCCAGUUAAACCUGUUCUUAGCCUCCACCUCCUCCACCUUCCAGAGUAGUGAGGUAUACUAGUCAGGUAACAUUCACCCCACCUAAAAUCAGGCUUCUUCUUUCUUACUCCUUUUAGUUAGGAUACACAUACGCUUGCUUGUAUGUCUAUCAUUGAACGAUAGUUUUAGUUUGCUUUUCUUUAGUGUUUUUUUUUGUUUGUUUUUUUUUUCUUGGUUUUGUUUCUUCUUUUUUCCUUCUUCUUGUCCACCAUCUUGUCUAAACCUGUUUCGUAGAACGAGAGGCUCAUUCUGGAGAGUCAUGCCAGGCCUCUGUCCUCCAUGCCUGCCUCCCCAGGCUACAGUCGACUGGAGCAAGAUGAGUCUAUGAACCCGCUGCGUAUCUCUGUAGGAGGCCUCCCCAUGCUGGCUUCCAUGGCCAACACCACCGACCCUCGUUUCCGCCUCAAGUGGAGGCCCAUUGUGGCUGUGGUGCUCUUCUUGGCUCUGAUCCUGUUGAUUUACGUGAACUUCAGCUCAGGCCUGCACUACCGCUCUUACAUCUCACACAGCUGGAGAGCCAGCCACGGAGACACCCAGCAGUCCGAUUCCCUUUACAACGACACCUACCCUCUCAGUCCACCUGAGCGCACACCACAUGGCACGCGCUACCGUAUCGGGGUCAUCGCAGACCUGGACACAAACUCUCAAAGUGAAAAGAAGCUGACUUGGUUCAGCUACAUGAGGCGGGGUUACCUGCUGGUGUCACAGAGUGGCGACAGGGUGGCAGUUGAAUGGGAUGCGGACAGGGUGGUUCUGGAGAGCCACCUAUCGGAGAAAGGCAGAGGGAUGGAGCUGUCUGAGCUGGUGGCGUUCAACGGAAAGCUCUACAGCGUCGAUGACAGAACGGGGGUAGUCUACCAUAUAAAUGAAAAUAAGGCUGUGCCCUGGGUUAUCUUGCCUGAUGGUGAUGGGAGCGUUGCCAAAGGGUUCAAAGCUGAGUGGCUGGCAGUGAAGGAUGAACACCUAUAUAUUGGUGGUCUAGGAAAAGAGUGGACCACCACUGAGGGGGAGUUUGUCAACAACAACCCUGAGUGGGUGAAAGUAGUAGGCUUCAGAGGGGAUGUACAACACGAGAACUGGGUUCCCAGGUACAGAGCUAUGAAGUCUGCUGCAAGGAUUGAGACACCAGGUUAUUUCAUUCAUGAGUCUGCAGCCUGGAGCGACACCCUGCAGCGCUGGUUUUUCCUCCCUCGACGAGAAAGCAAAGAACGCUACGAGGAGACUGCAGACGAGCGUCGCGGUACAAACCUCGUCCUCAGCUGCUCGCCAGAUUUUAGUGACAUUCAUGUAAGCCGGGUGGGCCCGCCUCUCCCCACUCAUGGUUUCUCAUCCUUCAAGUUUGUCCCGAACACGGACGACCAGAUCAUUCUGGCGCUCAAGUCAGAGGAAGACGCUGGAAUAAUCGCAACAUACAUCACAGCCUUUACACUUGAUGGGCGCAUCCUUUUACCUGAAACCAAGAUCGGGGAUGUGAAAUAUGAGGGCUUGGAGUUCAUAUAGAGGUCUCAGAGUCAGAGAGUUACUUUUGAGGUCACUGCACUGUGGUUCUAAUUUGUUUACAAUCUAGUCACCAUUAAACCUACUGCACUUGUUGUUUCCUGUAAAACAUAUAAUUCCAUCCUUUAAAGGAUCAUCUUGAGUUCAAACAGAAGAACCCCAGCACAGAAACUGGAAAAUAUUGGCUACUUAUGAGUUUUACUGCAAGUCAGACUCAGCAGUGCCAUCGUGUUAUGGUGGAACAUCACCUUUUCAAGCCAAAUGUGGGCUUCAGUAGUACUGUAAUAUUUCUUAUAAUGAAUGUACAUAGAACUGAUUUAUUAUACUGUGAUUAAUUUUUUCCAGUAAAAGAUGCAUUUUCAUGCCAUUUUUUUGUCCCACCCCUUCCCUUUUUGGUCCAUGUUGAACAUCCUUCUCUGUACAACAGCGCUGUUUUUUUUUAUGUCACCAUGACAUGAAGGGUGUUUUGAUGAAGAAGGACAAUGUGUGCAAUGAUUCUCUUUAUUUUUGUGUUGUUUGUGGGGUGGUUUAGGGGAAAGGAACUGACAAUAAAAGGAUGAUUACUUUU